AUGCCUCAGGAUAUGCCGCCCGUGGGGGGUUACCAGGCUGUGCAGUACAAGCGCAACUUGCCCGCCCGUGGAUUCCGUCCCGGCACAAUGUUGAUCGGUAUGGGACUGGUGAUGGGAUACGGAUGGUAUCAGUUGACCAAGGGUAUCCGGGAAGCCAAGUACACAGAUGCUGCACUGCUCAACGGGAGGCAGCAGGCAUGGAUACCAGAGGCACGCAACGAUGAACAUACACCUAGGGAGGAAUGGAGCAAUCAGACGGGACACGUGGUUUCGAGGAGGACAGUGCUGACAAGACACAGCGAGCUGGCGAGAGAGAAGAUGUGGGCGCGCAUUCACCUUAUCCCCCUCCUCCAAGCCGAGGAGGACCGCGACCAGGUUCGUAGGUGGUACGCCGACCAGGCGAGAGAGAAGGAGCUGUUGGGCGAGAACACCAAGGUCUACCACAACGAGAGGGUCUAUGGGGAUUUGGAGGAAGAUAGCUAA